AGUUUAAAUCCUGUCACGUGACGUUUGCCAGGUGAAUGGAUAUAUAAUCAUGAUGAAGCGCUUGGUUUGAAACAUGACUGCUUCCUUAUUCGGGUGGCAUGGGUAGAAAAUGGGUACACACUUAACAAUUGUCAGUUAAUAAACUUGAACUAUGUCAAAAUCCAAACCUGGACUUAAAGGAGGCGCCAGACGGGAUUAUUAUGAGUCAGAUGAAAGUUCUGUAGAAGGCAAAGAAAUAAGAACCUCCCUGGACCCUGGAAUCUACGAUGACAAAAAGGGAUAUUCUAGAACACCUUCCACGGGUACUGGAGUUACAGUGGAAACAACAGACAGUAGGAAGCUGAUAUUCGGUAAAGAUGAAAACGAGGAUCGUGGAAACUGGUCAGGGAGAUUCGAUUUCCUUCUCUCCCUUCUUGGAUACGCUGUUGGACUUGGAAAUGUGUGGCGUUUUCCUUACUUGUGCUACAGGAACGGUGGUGGUGCAUUUCUUAUUCCGUUUGUUUUGAUGAUGGGAUUAAUCGGUGUCCCCCUAUUCUUUAUGGAGGCGUCACUUGGUCAGUUUUGUAGCAGUGGACCAAUGACAUGCUGGAAGUUCGCGCCUAUGUUUAAAGGUGUUGGAAUCGCAAUGGUACUGGUGUCUGGUUUUACAUCAUUAUACUACAACAUGAUCUUAGCUUGGUCGUAUUAUUAUUUGUUUGUUUCAUUCACGAGUGAUCUCCCCUGGGCUGACUGUUAUAAUCCAGAGUGGAAUACUGAAUUUUGUGCUGAUAAACUUCCUCUGAUCGACUGUACUACAACAAAGUAUCUGAAUGGAACUUGUUACAAUGGGGACCAGUUCCUUGGAUUAUGGAAUGACACCAUGUUUACAGAAGUUACCGGACAUAAAAGGAUAUCAGCAGCUGAAGAGUACUGGACCAACAGAGCAAUAAAUAUGAGCUCUGGUAUGGAUGACUUCGGACAACCUAAAUGGCAGCUUGUAAUGUGUUUAAUGUUAGCGUGGAUAAUAUGCUUCUUGUGCCUUAUGAAGGGUAUUAAAACAACUGGAAAGGUUGUAUAUUUCACAGCUAUCUUCCCGUUCGUUGUGUUGAUUAUUUUAUUUUUCCGUGGUGUAACACUCGACAAUGCAGGUCAGGGUAUAUAUUAUUUCAUUGUUCCAGACUUCGAUAGGCUUCUAGACGCUCAGGUGUGGAAAGAUGCAGCUGUACAGAUAUUCUUUUCUAUGUCUAUAGCUGGAGGUGGAUUAGUAACAUUGGCUAGUUAUAACAGAUUCCAUAAUAACAUACUCAAGGAUUCUAUAAUAGUAUGUGUAGGAGAUACAUUGACCUGUAUUUUUGCUGGAUUUGUUAUUUUCUCUUUUCUGGGUUACAUGGCUGGUCGAAUGAACUUGCACGUGAAAGAUGUUGCUAGAGAUGGUGCAGGUCUUGCAUUUGUGGUUUACCCUGAGGCAGUCACUAGUAUGCCAGGGGCGCCAUUUUGGUCCAUUUUAUUUUUCUUAAUGCUGAUUACUUUAGGGCUGGACAGUCAGUUUGCCAUGUUAGAAACUGUCCUGACAGGUGUGACUGACCAAUGGCCACAUCUAAGACAACAUAAAACAAUAGUUAUACUCAUCAUUUGUUCACUCUUCUUUCUUGCCGGCCUUCCACUCACAUGUCCGGGUGGUAUAUAUCUCUUGCAAAUUCUAGAUAAUUAUGUAGGAGGUUGGACUUUAUUAUUAAUAGGUUUUGCAGAAUGUAUGUGCCUUACAUAUGCAUAUGGUGUCACUCGAUUCAUGAAAGAUAUUGAAGUAAUGCUGGGUUUCAAGAUAUCGGUUGUAUGGAAAGUGUUAUGGAUGGUAAUAAGUCCCUUAGUUUUAAUGUUUAUUUUCGUGUUCACAUUUGUUGAUUAUGAAUCGUCAACGUAUGGUGACUACAAGUUUCCAGGAUGGGCUGAUGGUAUAGGAUGGUUUCUUGCUGUUAUGAUGGUUAUCCCAAUACCUAUUGUUAUAUUGUACAAAAUUGGCUAUGCUGAUUCCUACUUGUCAGUUAAAGAGAAAUUAAGUUUGUUGACUUCACCUUCUGAUGAGUGGGGUCCUGCAUUAGUUAAGCAUCGCAAGUUGGUGACCUAUGUUGAUGAUUGGGUAUUAGAUCCCUGGGCAGAAAGAGGAGCUUAUCUGAACAAAGGCUAUAGUACACCAUCAACUUACGCAUCGUCUAGGGCAUCCAGUAUUUAUUCUAUACCUGGUUUCAAAGCCAAGUCAACAGGAGAGUUAUCAGAAGCUGGCAUUUCUAGAAUUACGUCAUUAACUUUUGAAUCAACAGUUUGAAAUAUAGUGUCAUCAUUAUGUUACCCGUGGUACAUUUUCAAGUAUAAAAUUGCUGCUGGGAACGAGGCAUAGAAAGACAUAUUGUUAUUAAUCGGUAUUGUGUAUUGCCUAAAAAUCAAUCAAAUAACAGAUUCAAUAAGUUAGAAAUGAUUGCUCCUUAUGCUAUUCAACUUAUUUAAUCAUAAAUAUAUGUGAAUUAAGACAUUUAACAUGGCAAUGUGCAUGUUUUCAUAUUAAUUGUUUUUUUUUAUACACAAUAUUUGAACUAUUUGUUUCAAAAUCCCGGUGUAUUGUCAAAGGUUUGAAAAAUGUAUAGAAAUGAUUCAUGUGGUGUAAUUGCUCUUUCUACUUUUUCAUUUUUAUAUAAACAUCUUUUUUACAUCGAGUACGAUACUUGCAAUUUAAUUUCCAUAAUUCAUGUUUAUAUAUAGUGGUUUCAAUUUCAUCAAAAUCAAGUUCAUUGGAAUCAUCAUUUUACCCUCUGUUCGAAGAUAUUUCACUGUCAGGUUUUUCACCUGUUUUUUUUUUUAAUUAGAUCGUUCAUUUUUAUUGCUGGAUGGAUUUCAAAUUACUGCUGAUUCGAAUCGUCCAAUUUUACUUGAAAAACAUUUAUUAUAUCAUUACAUGUAUACGUAUUGAUGUCAUUUUGUACAAAAUAACAAUCUUAACCUUUUAUCUAAUACAUGUAUUUAUUAACACUAUUGUCAUAUGCAGAUGUGAAAUGACUUUGUUUUUUAUUAUAAAAGAUAAACAAUUUUG